AUGGGUUCGUCUGGAGAGCGUAUCCUGGUAGAUGGGAAGGCAGCUGCGGGGGGAGAGUCUAGCGGUCAGGAUCAGAAGAACAGCUACCCGGUUAGACUGACCGUCCAGCUCCUACGAGACCCCCUCCUCAACACUCAUGGAAUCACCCUGACACCUCAGACACCCAUACUGGUGCAGGACAUCACCCCAGCGGGGCCGGCUGAUGGAAGGCUCGUCCCUGGCGACCAGGUCGUAAAGAUUAACAAUGUUGCCGUCGACGACCUGACCCCAGAGCAAGCGGCUGACCUCAUCAGGGAGUGUCAGCACUCUGUGAUGAUAACGGUCCUCAGAAACUCAGCGGGACCCAAGUCUUCCUUCAUCACCCCAGAAAAGAGAGCUAAACUCCGGUCCAACCCGGUCAAAGUUCGCUUUGCUGAGGAGAUUGAGGUCAAUAGUCACUCUCAGGGCAACUCGCUGCUCUUCCUCCCCAACGUUCUAAAGGUGUAUCUGGAGAACGGACAGACUAAGGCCUUCAAGUUUGAACCCAACACCACUGUCAAGGACAUAGUGAUGACCCUGAAGGAGAAACUGUCUCUGUCUCGUAUUGAACACUUCUCUUUGGUUCUGGAACAGAAGUAUAGCAUCAGUAAACUGCUGUUGCUACAUGAAGAGGAGAGGAUACAACAGGUGGUUCAUCAGAAGGAAGUCCAUGACUACAGAUGUCUGUUCAGAGUGUGUUUUAUACCCAGAGAACCUGAGCACCUGUUACAAGACGACCCCACUGCCUUCCAGUACCUCUACCUGCAGGGUAUAAAUGACGUGCUACAGGAGCGUUUUGCAGUGGAGAUGCGUUGCAACACGGCCCUGCGUCUGGCAGCCCUGCACAUACAGGAGAGACUAGCCAGCUGUGGACAGUCACCUCGGACCAAACUCAAGAUCAUCACGAAGAGUUGGGGCAUUGAGAACUUUAUCUCUUCAACCCUCCUGAGGAACAUGAGGGAAAAGGAUCUGAGAAAGGCCAUUGGCUAUCACAUGAAGAAGAGCCAAUCACAGGAGCCAAAGCAGAAGGUUCUGUCGGCCAAUCAGGCGAAGAUUAACUACCUGGAGGAGCUGUGUGACCUCAAGUCCUUUGGCGGGAAGUCCUUCAGCGCCACCAUGAUGCUCCAAGACAGAGAGUCGAUGGUGACCCUGUUGGUGGGGUCGCGGUACGGUAUCAGUCAGGUGGUGAACCACAAACUGAGCAUCAUGACCACCCUCACAGAGUUCAGCAGUAUCACACGCAUAGAGCUGCUACCAGAGUCUGACCGCGUCAGUCUGGUCAAGAUAUAUCUACAGGACAUCAAGCCGAUCACCCUGUUGUUGGAGUCAAUAGCAGCUAAGGAACUGUCCUGUCUGGUGGCAGGGUACUGUCGUGCCCUAGUGGACCCCAGCCUCAUCAUCUUCCCCUGGACACAGGACGGCAAGCAGCACCGCGUGUCUGCUGAGGAGGGUUAUGUGUCGCGGGGUGGCAGUGACUCGGACGAUUCCUCCGACAUGGAUAUGGACACUCUCAUCUCCCUUGUAUCCCAUAACAACAAGCGAACCACAUCAGACCCGGUCGGUCUACGCCGGAUUAUGGAGGAGAGGAAAGAGGAGAGGAAAGAGAGGAAGGAGAGAGAGGAGAGGAAAAAGAAUGAGAAGGGAGAAGGAGAACAAGAGAAAAAUAUGAAAUACGGAACUAUGUCUCCACUGAGAAAAAACAGAAAGAAGGAGAGAAUUGAGGAGAAGGUGGGGGGAGUUGGGGACCAGAGAGAGAAAGACACAAACGCAGGAGGAGAGGUGAACUCUGGGAAACAACGAGGAGCAGAGAACGGAGGAAUGCAGAAAGAUGACAGAGAAAGAGAGGAUGAGAGCACAAAGAAGGAAAGAGAAGGAAAGGAGAGGAAAGCAGAGGAGGAGAGAGGAGGAGGGGAGAGGAAAAGAGAGGAGGAGAGAGGAGGAGGGGAGAGGAAAGGAGAGGAGGAGAGAAGAGGAGGGGAGAGGAAAGGAGAGGAGGAGAGAAGAGGAGGGGAGAGGAAAGGAGAGGAGGAGAGGGAAGGAGGGGAGGUUCGGGAAGCUAUGACAGAAGAGCACCGGUCCGUAUCAGAGGAGGCGUCAGACUCGUGUCGUACUGAUUCUCGUUUCAUGACCAGCAUCUCCAGUGACUCCCUGGAUGCUCUGGAGGAAGAUGACCUGAUCGCCUGCUCUUCCUCCCUCCCUCACCCUCACCCUCCCUUCCGCCUCACAGUGGAGCCCCCUCAUCCCCAGCCUCACCCACGAGAGGGUGCAUCCUCACCCCAAGGAGGGGCAGGAGAGUGGAGAGGAGAAGGAGGUGGAGGGGGGUCAGGAGAUAGGAGAGGUGUAGGAGGAGAGUGGAGAGGAGGUGUAGGAGGAGAGUGUAGAGGAGAGGUAGAAGGAGAGUGGAGAGGAGGGGGAGGAGAGUGCAGAGGAGGGGGAGGAGAGUGCAGAGGAGGGGGAAGAGGGAGGAGAUCGGGCAACGGAGCUUGGGGCAACUCUCACCAUUCUCCCAUGACCCCUGACUCUAUGAACUCUGAACCUGUGACCCCCGUUGUUGACCCCUCUGAGAACCUGAACUACGCUGAGCUCUCUCUCAUGCUGGAGUACCUCCCCAGUCCUCCGGAGGCGAGUGACGAUGAGGAUGAGGAGGAGAAGAGGGAAGAGAGGAGGAGGAGUAAUGAAGGAACUGGACAGGAGGUAUUUUCUGUAUCCGGAUGUCCCCGUUCCUCCUCCUCCUCACUUAUGGACUGUGUGUUUACCUUUGAGCAGAGCGACGCGAGGCAUUACUACAAUAUCUGCCCUAAUGUUACCCCCGACAGCACCCGCAGCCUCACCCACCCUCACCCUGAGACUGAGGAAGAGGAAGAUGGUGGUGAGGAGGAAGAGCAGGGGGGGCUCCUAACCUUGGAGCCCGUGCCCAUCCUCCAGCCGCCUCCAGGGUUCGGAGACAGCAGUUCUGAUGAGGAAUUCUUUGAUGCGAGGGAUCGGAUCGCCUCGCCUGAAGACCCAACAUCAGGGACUGUGUCCAGAGAUUUUUCAGCCGAGAUGACGAGUGGAAUGACGCAGCAAACUGUGAGCCUGAGUGACAUCAGAAUCAGCCUGGCUGAAGGAACGAGGCAUGAAAGAGAGGAGGAGGGUAGAGAGGGCGAGACCAGCGAAGGAGGAGGAGGGAGAGACAUGUUCUCCAGGCUCUCUAGGAAAAGAUCGAAGAAACGGCGUUCCUUCAUGCAGACCGACUUCACCUCAACAGUCUCCUACCCUGGACCGGAUGAAAACCAGGAGCGGAACAGGAACCCAGAUCACGUUCCUGAUCAGUAUCGGGACCGGGCACAGAACCGGAGAGAGAGCUCAGACGAAAGCCAGCAGCUGAGUCUGGACCCAGAACCAUCUGAGCAGAGCCAGAACCCAUGUCCUACUGUCUCCUCUCUGAGCCACGCCGAGGGUGAGGCGUCCCAGCUCGAGUCCAAGCCUAUCCUCGCCAAGCCCAGUCCAGAGGGGUCCCAUCGGGGACCUGGAGAGCCAUGUGUGCUUGGUAACCCAAAGGGAAAUCCACGGGCGCCUGAUACCCCGAAGGGUGACCUCCAUAGGAGCUCCAGGAACAGGCGGCAGUCCAUGGAGACGGAGCCCGACAUGAUGGAGUCCAAAUCGGUCACGGCCCUGGUGACGGCAGCCUCCCUCUCCAUCACGGCUGUCCGCUGUAGAGUAGAACCAGACGGCAAGGAGAGCCCUGAUCGGAGAGGAGACGGGGAGGAGGUGGAGGGAGAGGAGGGGGGUGGAGAAGCAGGGGCAGGACCAUUCACAUGUCACAUGUUUUUGACUGAGAUUAAGGAGGAGGAGGGGCAGAGGGGGGAGGAAACAGGGGAGGAGGGGGAGAGCGACAGAGAGGAGAGACAGCCCUCGCUCAUUUCUGAAGGACCACCCUCUGUUAGGGGGUCCCAAUUUAGUAGACGACCUCUGUGUCUCACGAAAGACGAGGAUCAGGAAGCCUCUUUCGUACCCCAAAUAAGUAUCUCCCAUCCAGGUGUGUAUGGGAGGGACACGGGGGGUGAACAAGACGUGGCUGGUGGUGAGGAGAGCGUGACUCCCCUUUCUGCUCCUCCUCCCCCCACCUCUCCACUGCCACCAUUCCCAGCCCCCUCCAUCCCCCACACAGAGAGAGGAGAGAGGGAUAGCAAGGAUGGGAAUGUUUGGUCUCAACCCAAACUUUUCACACUCUCAGACAGAGAGAAGGACAUUAGCUACUUGACUCAAGUCCAUAGAAAACUCACUAUCAGUCACCAAGACCUGACAAGCCAAAGGAAAGCAGAAAUUGACAAUGAUGAAGCUAUAGAUAGCACUAAUUCUGUUACUGAUAACACUGAUGUUGCUACGGCUAACAUUGCAGCUACAGGCAACAUUCAUUCUGUCAUGGCUAACACUGAGACUACAGUUGACUCUGAUUUAGCCAUUGCUAAUCACAAAGAUACAAACAGCAUCAAAUCUGUACCAGCUAACACUAUAGCUUAUGCGGAUUUUGCUAUGACUAACAAUGAAGCUAAUGCUAUAAUUAAUUCCCUUACAACUAGCAAUGAUUCUACAAGUAAUGCUAACUUAGCUAUGACUAAUGCUAAUUCAGCUAAUGCCAACUCAGCUAUGGCUAACAUUCCCAAAGAGUCUCCCAUAUCACCUACAACAGGCUUCCUCCUCCGGCCUUGCUCACCGGGCAUCAUCGGGCAAAGCCUCUCGGCCUCCACAUUACGGGGGAAGAUCCAGAGCCUGCCCCUCUAUUUAUCUCGCUCCCAGGAAACCCUCACCCUCUCUGGGGUGGGAAGCCCCAUCAGGAGCCCCUCUCCGGAGACCACCAGCAACAAGACUGAGGUAAUGGUCACCACCGAAACCACCAAGUACGACGAUGUCACAAAGGUGGCAACAGGGGAGGAUUUGAAAGAUUCCGGGGUGGCGUUGGUAGAAUCGGAUGAUUCUGAGGUUACGCUGACAGAAUCGGAGGUUGGCGAGGUUGUUGUGGAGACGGCCGGGGCGGAAAUCACGAGGUUGACGGUUUCAGAGGUCAAGGAGGUGAUCGAGAAGGUUGUGAUGGUCUACGGAUCCUCCCUUCCUCCCCCUUUAGCACCCAUCUCUCUAGAGUCCAAACCAGAUCCCAAAAUGGUUGUCAAGUUGCCUACCUGUCCCAUUGCUACAGUGGAAACUGCCCCUCCUAUGGCUCCAGCACCUAUCUGUCUGGAGCCCAAACCAGUCCCUGAACUACUCUCCCCAGGCUCCACUAUCCACAAAAUGGCCACUCCAUUACCUUCCUGUCCUUCCUUUCCCGUGCCCAUACGCGUAGAGCCCAAACCAGACCAUGAACCACUAUCCAUACGCUCCAAAAUGGCCGCCUUGUCGUCUUCUUAUCCCCCUGCUUUAGUGGUAACCACAGAGAGUCUGAAUUCUUCUUCUUCUAAUCCUCACCCCAUCAGAGUAGAACCCAAGCCAGAGCCUUGCCCCGAACCCCUUUCAGGCCCUAAAAUGUCUGCUCCGUUGUCUUCCUGCCCCUCUGCUUUAGUGGUGACCACACAGAGUCUGAACGGACCGGGGCUCAGCUUCCCUGGUUCUAACAUGAGAGGACAGCCAUUUGGGAGCAACAGCUUCUGUAGACCCCCAGGUGAGGAGGCAGGCCUGCUGAACACUCUGACUACAGGGUGUGGGGUCUUCACCUCCACCUGUGAGACCCAGCCCAACCAGGCCCACAUGGAAUCCUAUUCGCAGGCAAAGCCUGACUUUGGGUGUAGCUCGGUGCUGGCGUCAGGGUGCGAGACGGUCCUGGAGGGGGUGCAGACGCCCCUGGAGGCAUGCAGGUGUCCACCACCACUGGUGUAUACCAACUGUUUCAGCGGGGGUGACAGCUUCGACGAUGAGUUGACAGUUUACGAGUUCUCCUGCCGGACAAGUUCUCCUCCCGCCUCCCAACCCUCUUCCUCUGCGCUGGCCCUACCUCUCACGACCUCUCCUCCUCUCUCCUCUUUCCUCUCCUCCUCCCCUCCCUCCUCCCUCCUCUCUCCCUCCUUCCCUCGCUCCGUCCUGCCCCCAUCCUCCUCCAUGGAGCUCUCACCACUCCUCUCCCCGCUCCUUUCCCCGUCCAACUGCUUCUUGUCCCAGUCAAGUCUCCAUGAUGAUAUCAGCCGACUACGCCACCGCCGCUUCCCACCGCCCCCCGCAGGGUUCCAGACCAUCCGGAGCGACGUGGACGAGCUUCUCACCCUCCUGCAGGGGGGGAGGAUGGGGAGCAGAGGGGGGAGGCACCCCAGGGAGACCUGCGCCACCCACUUCUCAGAGAACAAGCGUCUUCUCCACGGGGAGGCCCGGAGGCUGAUGGCUGGCUGUCAGAAGGUGGUCCGGGUGGGGCAGACUCCAGACGAGAUGCUCUUCUCCCUCUCCGACAGCUUCAGGACCCUGGUGGGCAUGGCCGGCAUGUGCCUAUGGUUCUCUGGGUGCGACCGGUGCGACCGGAGGAAUGCCGAGGCACUGGCGGGGCUGGCGGACGUGGCCAGAACGUACCGGGAGUUUGUGCUGGCGGCGGAGAGGGCGAGCGGGAGGCGUAGCUGUCAUGACCUCAGCACCAAGCUCCUUGCCAAGCAGUGUACCGCCCUCACUGCUUCUGUCUUCUGCCUCACACAGCUGUUCCGCACACUCACCGCGCUCUGAACUGAACCAACGAUCUCUGACCCCUAUAACAACAUGUCGGUUGACCUUUCAAUUCUGACCUCUAGACCCACUACACAGGGUUGCCAGCCAAUCAGUCAGUCACCAGGCUGACUGGGGAAUGAAUGUGUGAACUGCAACAGGUCCACGUAGCGACCAAAAAAAAAGUAGAAGCACAAUUGAAAGGAGAGAGAGAUGAGACAAGACGGGAUGAAACAAGACAGUUCUAGUGUCCUGUGACAUCAUGGAGAGCCUCUGUGGCAUCAUAAAUAAGGAACCUCUAUGACAUCACAAAGUGCCUGUGUGACAUCACAGAGAACAUGUGACACGCUGGAAGACAUAAAAGUGAUGUCAUAACAGGUCCCAAAUGACUGUUCAGCUUUUUUAACCGUAACCUACAGUACACUGUGCUGAAACCACACGAGGGACAAACUGGACAUACGUAGCAUCAUCACCACACUGCAAGAAGCCUCACGCAAUGACAAUCUCCGGACUCAAAGCCGACCUGCUUUAAUAGAGUAUUUAAGUAACUAUUAUAUUUGAAUGUCAAUUAUUUAUUUGUUUUCAUUCAUUAUUUAUUUGUUUUCAUUCAUUAUUUAUUUGUUUUCAUUCAUUAUUUAUUUGUUUUCAUUCAUUAUUUAUUUGUUUUCAUUCAUUAUUUAUUUGUUUUCAUUCAUUAUUUAUUUGUUUUCAUUCAUUAUUAUUUGUUUUGAUGUAUUAUUUAUUUGUGAUGUUAUCACUUUGAUUAUUGAUUCUGUAUGGUAUUGGUGUGGGGUGUGAGAAAGAGGAAUGUGGAGGGGUGUGUUUACAGAAAAGAGGAUCUAUGUAUCUACACAAACACUCCAGAGUUGGCUGAAAGGUACAGGCAUGUUGAUUGUGUUAUUAUUUGGCUGAUCAGUCAGUGGAAGGUUUGAUUUGAUACUUCUAAUACUUUUAAUACAGAUUUCUGACAACUACAGAUACUCUGUCUCUCUCUCUCUCUGUCUCUCUCCCUCUGUCUCUUCCUCUCUGUCUCUCCCUCUCUGUCUCUCUCCCUCUGUCUCUCCCUCUCUGUCUCUCUCCCUCUGUCUCUCCCUCUC